AUGAAACUAAAAAGUGAAUGUGAAGGAUACAAUGAUGAAACUGACGAAGGCGGGGGUGGACGUAAACUGGAUAACGAUAGAAAUAAACGGGAUGGUGAUGACGGAUACAGAAACGGUGAGAUAAUACCGACCGAAGAUGAAAAUGACUAUGAUAUGGUAGUAGACAUGGAAAUUGAUGAUGAUGAUGAUAUUGAAACUCAGUACAUUGAAAUUGGUGGUAGUACCAGAGACGAAAGUAUGAAUCCGUCGUCAAGUCAAUCGGAAGCCCAACAAGUUUGUCACUCACAGGGCGAAUAUCUCCACACUCAACCUUCUUCUUCUGAAAUUUCUCCCGAAUACUCUUCUCAAAGUUCUCCGCAAUGCCGCUACUCUCAUGUCGGUUAUAGUUCUCCGACGAUGGAAGCAAUCUACGACAUCUGGACCAAACAAUAUGCUCUUCUUCGCAUUAACCAGCGUUCUCAGUACGAAAAGCUCCGAAUUCGUUAUCUAAAAGAAAUCAUCGCAAUAGAAAAUAUGAUAAUCCAAUCGCGUAAGACGAGCGUGAGCAAAGUUUGUAAGGAUGCAAAGAAAGAGAGAGAGCGAAAAGAUAAGGAACAUAAUGACAAGAUCGAAAAAAGAAAGUUGGAGAGGGAAAAGAGGAAAAAUGAAGAGGGACGUGGAUCGAUUGACAUGACGGAUGAGAAUCCAGUAAAGAGAAUCAAAACUCAGGACGAAGAUGGGACGACUGAAAUGACUGCCAAGGUCAAAACGGGUGUGGGAACAUUGGAAAGCGAAUUAGAAUCAAAGAGUCACGGUUUGGAGGACAUUGCUGUCGAUAUCGACGAGGCUGCUGAUGUUAUAGCUUGCGAUACUCGAGAGCAGAGUAUAGAUGAUAUUAUGAUUGUGAAUAUCAAGAAAGAAAUUGACGAUGAAUUCAUAGACGAUCAUCUCGAGAAGCAGAAGCAGACGACAGAUGAUAGUGUAGACGAAGGUGCUGUGAAUCUGUCUUCAUUAGAAUAUAUAAUAACAGAUUUCAAUGACAUGAAUCCGGGGAAAUGUAUGCAUCUCGAGAAGCAGGCGGCAGACAUCAACGAUAUUGGAAUUGUCAAGCAUGAGUUUUCAAUCGAUGAUUUGGUAAACAAUUCAUGUGACGAAAUUAAUUCGAAAGGAAGCGCAGACUAUGAAGCUGUUUAUAGUAAAAUCAUGAUGGAAACUUACGAUACAAAGAAAAUAAACCUGGGAUACGAGUGCGAGAAAGAUGAUAAAUGUAAACAGGUUGGGGGAAAUGAUACGGGAAGUGAUAUAGAAAAUGAUAUGGAGAAUGUAGGAGAUGAGGAUGAUAGAAGGGACGAGGAGAAUGUAGGAGAUGAAGAUGAUAGAAGGGACGAGGAGAAUGUAGGAGAUGAGGAUGAUAGAAGGGACGAGAAUAAUAUAGGAGAUAGAGGCAAUAUAGGAGAUAAAGAUAAUAUGAGGGACAUGGAUAACACAGUGUACAUGAAUAACACGGUAUACAUGAAUAACACGGUGUACAUGAAUAACAUGGUUGGCAUGAAUAACAUGGUGGACAUGAAUAACAUGGUGAUGAAUAACACGGUAGUCACGAAUGAUAUAGGGAAAUCGGGCAAUGCGGGAAAUGUGAACAUUGUAGAAAACAGGAAUAUAGACACUGUGCAAGGCGUGGAUAACGCGGAUAAUGUGAGAAAUGGGAGUGUUAUUGAACAUGCGAAUAUUGUGAAAGAUACAGGUAUUGUGAAAGACGUGAUGGGUAUGGAUUUUAAUAUGGGAGUCUAUCCGUACGAAGAAAGCUCGGGAGGACCACAUAAUCCAUCUCGCGAGACUGCUAUCGCGGCUCCGCAACUGUUUGUAAAUCAAACCUAUAAUAUCCAAAGCAAUUCACAGUUAAACAACCGUCCAGUGUUUUCACAAUUUUCCGUCAACCCAACCCAACAACUAUUGGCAUUGCCUACUCAUAAACUACCAUAUCCGACACGAGGGUCGAUGGUUUUACCUUCUCAGAUACCUUCAUACACGACGGCGGCACGACCGACUCUGCCUUCUCAUGCACCAUCUCAUAUGAUACCGCAGCAGAUACCGCAGCAGAUACCACAACAGAUACCACAACAGAUACCACAGCAGAUACCACAGCAGAUUUCACAGCAGAUUCCACCUCAGGGAUUACGACGACCAGUGGUUUUUCCAUUACGUGCAUCUUCAUACAAUACGACACGACCAGCUUUAGUUUCUCUCACACAAACCAACCCGACUCUCCAGCCUUUUCCAUUUCCUCGCACACAAUCGCGACAAUACGCUUUAUCACAAACGGCUCUACCUACUCACCCACCAUCAUCGUACACGAUAACGAAUCCACUCUUCUCGACACAGCGAUCGACGAAUUUAUCUUCUCAAAAGCCAUCGUAUAUGAUACCGCAACAAUUAUCUUACAUGACACCACAGCCCGUGAUUCCAUCGUCCCGGCGAAAUGUUUCGAAUCUUACACUCAAUAUUCCUCAAAAUCAGCUUGGUCCUGGAUGGUCUGUCCCUUCGACCGUCCCUUCGAAUUUUAUUUCAACGCCGUCGACUCCAACUUCAAACUCGAUAUCUCCUAUAACACCUCAAAACGCAUUUGAUUCCUCACAACCAGUGUAUCAUUUGGGGCAGCAAAUAAAAGGUUUCGAUGAUUUAAUUCAUGGGUAUCAAAAUACAACACAGAAUCCUGAGUAA